UGAUGCACAUGAAACAUUGACUUGCUAUUUCAUAGAUCUUAAGUUUUUUUAUCGAUUUGAAGAGGUCAUGGGAAAUGACAAGAGGACUGUUCUAAUCACAGGAUUUGGGCCUUUUGGGGAACAUUCAGUCAAUGUCAGCUGGGUGGCUGUACAGAAUCUGAAACGAAGGAACUUGUUACCUGAUGUCAAUGUGCAUAUUGAAGAAAUUCCAGUAGAUUAUCAAGAAGUCAGCCAAAUUGUAACAGAAUUAUGGGAAAUGGAAGAUCCUCUGCUGAUGGUGCAUGUCGGAGUCUCUGACUUCGUAAAUAAAAUCACACUAGAACAGAGAGCUCACAACACCGGCUACUAUCUCAAAGACAUCAAAGGAAAAACUCCCAAUAAGGAAUGCUGUAGGGAAGAAGGGGAAGAGUGUAUCUGUGCAGGGCUUGACAUGAGUCGAGUCAGUGCCGAGAUCAACAACGCAGAUAACGAGCUGCAAGCAGAGGUUUCUUAUGCUAAGACUGGGAGGUACCUGUGCGACUUUGUUUAUUACAUUUCUCUAUCCAUCAACAAGUCGCGCUCCGCUUUCAUUCACGUCCCACCCCUGAAUCAGCCAUACACGGAAGAUCAGUUAGGGGAAGGUGUGGCUGUGGCCAUUUUUGCAAUGCUGAAGCAAUUGCCUAAGUAAUGGUGCUCAAUGGUGUACGACUUGAAAGGAAUGAGUCUCGAUCUUUUUUUGAAUUUUCAAAAUCCAUUGUUACUAUAUAAUUGGUGCUUGGAAUUCACAAAUAAAGGAUAA